UUGUGAAAAUAACUCAUAAUCAUUACUAUAUACAUCUCUAUUUCCCGAAAACAACAGUUCUGAUGGCAGUCCAAAACGUCUCUUUCUUCUCACCCUUGAUCUCACUCAUGAGCCUCUCAUAAUACUCGGGAUUUCCCUUGGGGCGCAAUAACUUGUCAUCUAAUUUGUAAUAGUUUUUGUACUUAUCGUUGGCCAAGUCUCUCAAGGCGAUGUACUGCAACUUCAAGUCCUUUUCCGGGAUGUCGGUCACCGUGGUCCCGGUGGUGAAUCGAUCGAGUUGACUUUCUCUGAAAGAUGUAUAAUGUUGGAUUCUAUCCUUUGGUAACGUCUUCAACAACGCCACGAUCUUGUCUUUGAUUUCCACUCUGCUCAUUGUCCCUGGUACAAAUUUUCACUUUUAAAUUAAUUUCUUCGCACUUUGACUGGCUCAAAUGACAAAAGCUCCAACACCAAGAGUUAUAUUUGUACGCCACGGGCAGACUGAAUGGUCAAAGAGUGGGCAGUACACGUCGAUCACCGACCUUGAAUUGACGGAUUUCGGCGUUCGGCAGAUGAAAAGCACCGGCAAAUACCUCAUUGGUGCUAGUGGCUAUCAGCUCAUCAAUCCCAGCGACUUGAAAUAUGUCAUCACAUCUCCAAGAAGGAGAGCCCAGCACACGGUACAGCUCUUGCUUGAAGGGUUGGACAACUUUACACGUAGCCAGAUCCCCAUCGAAGUGGAAAAUGACCUCAGGGAAUGGGAAUAUGGAGACUAUGAAGGGUUACUCACCAAACAAAUCAAGGAAUUGAGAGCAUCACGGGGGUUAGGUGACGACUGGGACUUCUGGAGAGAUGGGUGUGAGAACGGUGAGAUUCAUACCCAAGUCAAGGAACGGUUGGACCUGGUGAUAGCCAGAAUAAGAGCUGUUCAGGGCAAAGCCAUCGACAACAACGAAGCUUGUGAUAUUGUGGUGGUUGGCCAUGGCCAUAUUUUGCGGUGCUUUGCGGCCCGGUGGGUGGGGAGAGAAAUCAAUGUGAAUCCCCAGUUUAUGUUGGAUGCUGGUGGGGUCGGGGUGUUAAGCUACCAGCACCAUAACAUCGAGGAGCCAGCGUUAUUUUUGGCGGGUGCCUUUGUGGUACCAGUGGAAGAGCAGGGUGAAGAUUUGUAACUCCGUCCACAAAUGCAAUAGCCAUUCACAGAGGCUCAAUAAACUAAAUAUAGCUCGAUGCGGCACUGUCGCAGUUUUGCAAUUUGUCCAAAUUAAUGUAUACACGGCUGCUUUUUGUACC